AUGCUUGACAAGACAACAACUCUGCACAUCUGCUUCUGUUUGGUGCCUCGAUAUCUGGAAGCGACCUACAGACAGUACGCCUUUAUGCUGAAAGGACUGCGAGAAGUGGCAAAGGAAUGUAAAAGCCUGGAUAUUCAGUUCCAUCUGCUGUCAGGAGAACCUGGACAGAAGCUGCCAAGCUUUGUUAAAAACGGGAAGUUUGGAGCAGUUGUCACUGACUUUAACCCCCUCAGGAUCCCUCUCCAGUGGAUUGAGACUGUUAAGAAACACCUUCCGUCUGACGUCCCUUUCAUUCAGGUUGAUGCACAUAACGUGGUGCCUUGCUGGGAAGCGUCUGAGAAGCUGGAAUAUGGAGCCAGGACGAUACGAGGCAAAAUCACUAAACUUCUGCCAGAAUUCCUCUCAGAGAUUCCUCUUGUGGACACUCACCCACACUCUGCUUCUCGCACAGCAAAGCCAGUGGACUGGGAGGAGGUUCUGUCGUGUCUUGAGGUGGAGCGCAGUGCUGGAGAGGUGGACUGGGCUCAGCCUGGCUCCUGUAGCGGCAUGGCCAUGCUGGAGUCCUUCAUUGACCAACGGCUGCGUCUCUUUGCCACUCACAGAAACAAUCCCAAAUGUGACGCCCUCAGCCAUCUCUCCCCAUGGAUCCACGCCGGUCAGUUGUCUGCUCAGCGUGUGGUGAAGCAGGUCGCCAUGCUGGAGUCCUUCAUUGACCAACGGCUGUGUCUCUUUGCCACUCACAGAAACAAUCCCAACUGUGACGCCCUCAGCCAUCUCUCCCCAUGGAUCCACGCCGGUCAGUUGUCUGCUCAGCGUGUGGUGAAGCAGGUCAAACGAGAAAAGAACGCCAGCGAGUCUGUGCUGUCUUUUACCGAGGAGCUGGUGGUGCGCCGGGAGCUCGCCGACAACUUCUGCUUCUACAACCACAACUAUGACAACAUUUCAGGUGCGUAUGAUUGGGCGAAGAAGACUUUGCAGGAUCACGCUAAGGACUGCAGACAGUACCUUUACACAAAAGAGCAGCUGGAGAACGCCAAGACCCAUGACCAGCUGUGGAACGCUGCACAGCGUCAGCUGGUGUUAGAAGGGAAGAUGCAUGGGUUUCUGCGCAUGUACUGGGCAAAGAAGAUCCUGGAAUGGACUGCAUCUCCUGAAGAAGCCCUCUCUAUUGCUAUAUAUCUGAAUGACCGUCUGUCUUUAGAUGGCUGCGAUCCCAACGGAUAUCGGAAGUUUGAUGUGGCUCAGUUUGAGAGGAAGUACGCUGCUGUAAAGGAGACCUCCAAGAAAUCUGUCUAG